AGACGGCGGGGUCCUAGUUCGAUGGCAGCUUGAUAAAACAAUUUUUAUGAAAUAAAUGACUUGCUAACACGAUUAUAUCCGCCUCUAAGUUAAAUUGAAGUGAAAAUGUGGUGUAUAAAUAUUGUGUAAACUUUUUUCGCACGAGAAUUUCGUGUAAACUGUAAUUUAAAGAUGUAUAUUCAUUACACACUAGGAGCCAUUUUUAUUGUAUUUAUUUUGUGCGUUCAUUGUGAUAAUGGAGUUACUAACAACGAAAUCUUGGAAAUUUAUGUUCCGUCCGCCCCGCAAAACAUCACAGCAAACCGAGUGACAACUACCGAAAUACAUUUAUUAUGGGCCCCGCCGAUCACUUACACGAUACACCGCCGAUCCAACCCAGUAGACACAACAGACAGACAGACAUCCAAACCUGAGUCGGAACCAAAUCUGACUGUCAUAGCCAAAGAAGAAACCCAGGCGGACGAACCCAAAGUACCAAUAGAUCCUAUUGACGACCAUUUAAUACUAGACACCCCAAUUAAUCAGGAAAGACCAAAAGAUGAUUAUACUUACAACUUAUACAGAAAUGACGAAAGAAAAUAUAACAACCAGUUUUCCGAAUCUGAUAUCUUGUACAGAACUAAAAGAGACGAAAGAUCUUGGAAUGACAGACGUAAAUAUAAUUACCAGUUUCCUGACUUGAAUAAUUUGUAUAGGAGUAAAAGGGACACACGAUCUCAUAGGCAUAGGAAAAGAAGGCAGGAUAGUGUUACAGAGAAAAUAAAUUUUGGAAGAAACGAUGGUAUAGAGACCCAUCAGGCGUUUGAGCUUCCCAUUGAGGUAGUGAAGAAAUCCAUGACGGUUCCACUAAGAAAGGACAUAACCCAAAUUGCUUAUGUCUUGUACUAUGAAGAGGGGGUGACUAUGAAGAAGGGGGGAAGCGAUUUUCUCAUGGUCUCAGGAGUACAGACGUCGGAACAGGUGAAGAGGAAGAACGUAUUCAGGAGCGAUUUGGGGAUACAGGAUUACUUGAAUGCUACCAAGAAUUUGACACUGUUGAAUACAUCUGGAGCUCAAAGUUCGAAGCUCGUGGGAUUUCGAUUGAGAAAUCUGAAACCAUUUACCCCAUACAAAAUCUGGGUACGCGCGUUCUACAACUUUCCCCUAGAGGGGGUGAUGUCGUCCGACCUGCUGGAGCGUCUCGGGCCUCAGGGGGAGUCUCUGUACGUGUUGACGGACGUCAGGCCGCCGUCGGCUCCCGUCAUACUCAACUUGACUUGCGAGCAGCCUAGUGGUAUCCUGUACCUCCAAUGGCGUCAACCCCGCGAGUACGACAACUCCCUCGACCAAUACGUGGUCACUCUGAGGAAGAUCCCCGAACAGCAACCCAGGACUAGAUUAACUUUACCUACCACUAAGGAUGACAUCGAAACUACUAUCAGUGUUAAAGUGGAGCUAUGGAACGUGACGCGGUACGAAGUGAAGAUAUACGCGGUGACGCAGUCCGUGGCAACUCCCAACACUCUGAUCAACGGAUCCGAAUCGCCGCCCCAGGAAGUGUCUAGCGAGCUAUGUACGGCGCAUUCGGAAGCGAUGUCACCAGCAGAUAUAUCUCAAGUGAAACAGACGGGCAGCUCUUUAGUUGCUUUGGUCGCGGCAGCUUUACUCACCAUUCUGGCAGCUGUGAGCGCAGCUUUAGUUUAUUGGAGAUGCAGGUCCCGUGUGAGCAAGUGCAUCAGUGCAGCGUACAACUAUUUAGAGGAAGGAGGAGAAAGGGCCGCUAGGGCUCCCCUCAAUACUUAUAAGAAACCUGUGGUAAACUGCUCGCCGCUAGUGUCGUGCGCGGGCGGUAACGGCGCGGCGGCGGACGGGCCGGCCGCAGCGCGCCCUCCGAGGAUGGCGGGCUCGGCUCAUCCGCUAGUGCGAGCGAGGCAGUUUCCUGCCCACGUAGCUGCUUUACACGCUGAUGGGGAUAUUGGAUUUAGCAAGGAAUACGAAAUCGUAGUGUCGAAAUCAGCGGCACUGGGCCACACUAGUCAUCACAGUUACCGACCUGAGAACAGAUUGAAGAACCGAUAUUUGAAUAUUACUGCAUAUGAUCACUCCCGCGUGUGCGUAUCAUCGGGCGGUCGUUGUGGAGCGGCAGGGUGCGUGGGCGCAGGGCGCGGCGCGUCUUGCGACUACGUCAACGCCAACUUCAUAGAUGGCAUGCUGCCCGCGCUCAGCGCGCAGGCCGCCGCGCGCAUCGAGAGGAAGCUAGAGAGGCGCAACAGGCCCAACAGGCAACCUUCAGUAAAAGCAAGCAAACCUCCUCCAAACUUAGCCGAGGGCAUAGAAUCUGCUUUCCUCAAUAUUGAAUUUUCUGGCAUUGUGGAGUCAGAAGAUCAAGCUGAGGACUCAGACAGUGAGAGAAGCGACGAUGAUUCGGAAUUGGAUGACGUUUAUGUGGAUAUUAACGGUGUACCUCGUCAAAUAAAACUGGAAUGGGCAGUUUGGCGACGGCGAUAUAUCGCCACGCAAGGGCCCACGCCUGCCACGCUGGACGCCUUCUGGCGGAUGAUCUGGCAACACCGCGUGCACACUCUAGUCAUGAUUACAAACCUCGUGGAACGAGGACGGCGGAAAUGCGACAUGUACUGGCCGGCCGGUGGGCGCGGUAGUUCAGCGGAUUUCGGCGGUAUACACGUCACUUUACUGUACGAGGACGUGCGCGCCGCUUACACCGUGCGCCAUUUACGCGUGCGCGGGAAACCGCAGCCGAUCACAAUACCACAGGGUAGCGAAUCAAGCAGCGAGUCAAGCACAGCCCCAACGACAACCAACAACGAAGGUCGCCACAUCGUACAGUAUCACUACACUGUGUGGCCGGACCACGGUACGCCGCGCCAUCCGCUGGCCGUGUUGCCCUUCGUACGCGCCGCGGCCGAUCCGGGCACGGUCCUAGUGCACUGCAGCGCGGGUGUCGGCAGAACGGGUACAUACAUAGUAAUAGACGCACAACUAAACCAGUUAAAAUUAACGGGCACAUUAUCACCCCUCGGCUUUCUAUGUAGAGCCAGAACACAACGGAACCACCUAGUACAAACCGAGGAACAAUACGUAUUCGUUCACGACGCAUUAUUAGAAUACGUACGCUCGGGAAACACUGAAGUAGAAUUCACAAAAGCAAGGGAAUACUUAGCGAAACUUCUAGAACCCAUAUCGGACGAAGAACUCGCCGUCAUGGACUUAAAUCCCCCGAAGCGUAAAAGCGUCAACGAUUUGACCAAUGGGAAUAGCAGUUCCCAUAACGGGAAUAAUCUAAAAAAUGACGUUUCGAGUUUAAAAUCGGUCAGUCAGUCCGUCAGUGAACAGAUUGUAGAGAAUGGAAGCCAGGCGUCAAUAAAGACGGAUGAAUUGAACACGGAGAGCAAAUCGUCGGAUCAGGAGAAGGACGGUUUGGUGAAUGGGGGAGAUGAUGUGGAAGGGGUGUACGAUUUGGCGCCGCGGUCGACGGAUACGUACAGCAAGAAGAUGCAAGCGUACAAUAAUAUGAAUGAACAGGAGAAAGAAGAGAUGAGGAGAGUAAACAGGGCAGAAAACUACGCGCUACUAGAAAGAAUGAGAUCUCUUUCCAACAGACAUCAACUGUAUCAAGGACCGCCGCCGGUUAAUUUGUUAGAAAAACAGUUCCAGUUGAUAACAAGAUCGUGCGUGGAGCCGAGUGUGUGCGCGCGCGCAGUGCACAACGCGGACAAGAACCGGCCUGGCGGUAUACUGCCGUCGGACUCCGCCAGGGUUAUGCUGGUCCCUAAACCUGGCGUCGAAGGUAGCGAAUACGUAAAUGCGUCAUGGGUGUGCGGGAGACGACGUAUGAGGGAGUACGCAGUGGCUCAACACCCCGGCGACUCCCCCGAGUUGUGGAGGCUAUUAUGGGACCACACUGCCCAACUUGUAUUACUUUUGGCCGAUAACCCUACUGACCCUGAUUGCGACGUAUUUUGGCCCACCGAAGAGGAAAACGAGUUAUUCGUAGCGAACUUCCGAGCGAGCUUUGUUUCUAAAGACACAUACGUAGCGUACAGGAGAUCGGAACGAAAAACUCAGAGCGAAUCGCCCACCGAACCAGAAACCAACGGCUACAGACGGACAGAAGGCAGUGAAUGCGCUGAUGACGAAAGAUUAAUACCAGAGAACACUUCCCCAGCAAAUGAUUCUCCAGAACCAGCGUAUAGAUUUGAUAGAACAGAGUUAAGGCUGGAACGUCUCAGUGGCAACAGAGAUCUAUCCGCCCGAAAAUCGAUAGCAAACGGAGAUCUAUUCUCAUCUCUAUCCGAAAAGAAAAACGGUCCAAAAUCCCCGAGAAGUCCGUCAAAAAUGUCCUUGAAAAAUUUUAAGUUGAGCUCCCCAACAAAGUUUAAAUUCCCUGAAUGGGGGUCAAGAACCGCUGGUUCACCCCCCGAUACCGCACCACCCCCACCCCCGAUAGCUCCCUCUUUAACCGUUCAAGAGGAAGCAGAAUUAAGAAGACCUGUAUAUGUCUUCGAAAGGGUCAAUAGUAAUGUUCCAGAAGUUUCUUCGGAUAGGGUCAUAGAAGUUACUAAUGUCUCAGUUCAUUCGUUACAAGACGAUUAUCAGUUAAGUGUUAAGUUUAUAAAGUGCAGUGGUUGGUUGGACGGUCAUACCAGUGAAUAUACGAUGGGUAGGCCGGAUGACAAUGAGUGUGUGCGAGCGGUGCGGCAAGCCAGCUGUGCGAGCGAGAGGGAAGAGGCUAUAAAUAGACUGAUCGCGCCGUUUGAGGACUCCUUCGCGUUGGUCGAGUUUGUGGCUGCGUGUCAGAUGGAGUAUAAGAAUGGACCAGUUGUUGUUGUUGACAAAUACGGCGGUUGGCGAGCGUUGACAUUCUGCUCGCUGAGCGCAGCGUGCGGGGGCGUGCGGAACCCCGCCAUAUCCGAGCCGGGCGCGGAGUUCGCCCCUCCCUGCACCUCCGCCGACCUCUACUGCAGUAGCGCACUCAACGCACACUCCAGAUGCGCGCCCAACGCACAAGCGCACAACUGUGCGUCGCCGCACGGCAGCGGGAGCUUGUCCGAAGUACCACAGGCACAUUCGCCCAAAGCGUUACUGGCCGCCUACAGUGCGCUGGCGGCGUACGCGCACAAACUGCCGCGUCCCGACAGCUGAACCAGGUCACUCUCAUCAUCACCACCGGACUCAUGGUAAAUGAAUAAACCAUACAUUGAAUUGUAUAAACUGAAUACUCAGAGUGUUGUGCGGUCUUAUAUCACGUAGACGUGAUAGACAUCAUCACAGUUCUCUGGUCAUCACAUCACAUCAUGUUACACAUCCACGAAAAACUGUUUGGUGCGAAUACUUGAUGAUUGGUGUUUUUAUGAUUAUAUUAUUGUGAUUGCAUUUUGCGACGUUUCGUAUUACAUAAUGGAAAUGACAUUGAAACUCGGUAUUCUUAGACUAGUGAAAUAAUAUGUAUUGAAAGUCGCGCUAAAUUUCUAGUUCGGUCUGAAAAAGAGGCUUACCGAAAUAACUUUCACAAUGUUCACUCAUAAAAACGAUAGCAGUACUUUGAGACCUGCAGGUUUUGUUAAAUAACUACUACUUUUAUAGACUGGUAACGGGGCGCCAUAUUUUAAGCAUGCUCGAAGGUGUCGUUUUAUCCAAACGUGCGAAAGAGUAAACGAGUGAAAUCCCGAACACCUGUCUCAGAACAAAUUCUAAUAUUUCAAAUCUUUCAGGUUUUAGAUGACUAAAUAGUCAUUGACCUGAAAUAUCUGAAAGAUUUGAAUCGACCUGAAAGAGGUUUUUGAGGUCUAAAUAACGUUUUUGGUGCCCAAAUUUGGGUACAGACAAUUAAUAUCUAACGAUAUCUAAGAAAAUGUAAAGGAAAAAAAGCUCAAAAAUGGCACCAUGCACAACUUAUCGCGGUAGUAAGAGAUUAUUACAAAUAUAUCUAUCACACAUGCUGUUGAACCUUGAGUGAUGUCAAUAUGACCUUGGAGGGAAGAAAAUUCUCAAUGAAAUAAUUGACGUUGAAACAGUGUGUGUGUUUAAUUAUAUUGCUGUGUGUUGGGUAUGCGUUAUGGUACCUUCAAGGGCCGGCGCACAUAUGGCGG